AUGAGGCCGCCCCAGCCGGGCCGCCCGCUCCUGCUGCUGCUGCUGGUGACCGUCCCCUGCCCGGGGCAGCCCGGGGGACCCUGCCCGCUCCCCUGUCGCUGCCACCAGCGCCUGCUGGACUGCAGCCAUGCCGCCCUGGCCCGCGUGCCCCCGGCCACCCGCCGCCGGGCCCUCUUCAUUCUAGAUUUCACUGGCAACUCCAUUUCUUCCAUCGAAAAACAAGCGUGGAGGGAAUACCCGUGGGCUGAGUACUUAGUCCUCCAGGACAAUGAUCUGCGGGUGGUGAAGCGGCGUUCGCUGGAGGGUCUGCUCCUGCUGAAGCACUUGGAUCUAUCCUGCAACAAAAUCCUGGCGAUUGAGGAACGUGCUUUUGAGCCACUUCCUUUUUUGCAGCUUAUAAACCUGGGUGGGAAUCUCAUCACGCAGAUCCGGAACGGCACUUUCCAGGCUUGGCACGGGAUGCAGUUCUUACAGAAGCUGAUCCUCAGCCAAAACCCCCUGUCCAUUAUUGCUGACACAUCGUUCUUCAAGCUGCCUUCAGUCAAAUACCUAGACCUGGGUGCUACACAAGUGACCAAGCAGACGUUACUCACGCUCCUCCUGACAACAAUCCGCUUGGAAACACUCAAACUGCCCAGUGAGAUGUUCUGCUGCCUCUGCCAGGAGAAACCCACCACUGGAACCCCAUGCAGGACCAUCAACUUCCAGUGCGAGAGCCUGUGCAGCACCGGCGCUCCCCAGUGUGCUCACACGGAUCCUCUGGCAGAGGCACAAGGAGCAAUAAUGGAAGUGCCACGAUACAGAAAACUGACCGCCAGCACGGUGUUAAACCUCAAGCCCAAGGAGGCAUCGCUCGGAGUCCAUAAAACCAUAACACUCGCAGUCGUCCUGAGCCUGACUGGCACUGACGCUGAUCUCAGUAACCUGAAUAAUCACAUUUCCAGACCAAAUCCACGUUCCCCUCAGCACCUAUCCAGGCAGGGAGGCAAAAACAGCGAGGAGCUGGUGCUGCACAUGGGCUGUACCGGGGAAACUGAUAGAAGGAAACUCUAUAUUCUAGUAAAGGCUCUUGUGGCCGAACUCAAGAAGCAGCUGCACCAGCCUAAAAGCGUCGGGAGUGUAAAAAGCACCAUCUCAACCCUGCCAGCACCUGCCGUGCUGACGGAUGAGGUGGAGGAAGACAGAAGCACAGGACGGUUGCGGAAGCGGCGUGGUUUAAAUUUGAACCCGGCAGCGUUAAAGCCCUGGGAAGCAGCUGGCAGGUUCAACCCUGCUGACAACGUCUCCAUCUCCAGACAUGGCAAAAUAUCCACACCUCCAAAACGUUUCCCUUCACGCUCCUCAGCAGCAGCCCCUCGUUUGCCCAGGCCUUUUAAGAUUCGAGAUUAUUUAGAUACUGUGGAACAGACCAAGAAACAUCCCCCAUCCGGUGAGUUGGGGGGUGCAGAAGAUGCUGAGGAAGCACCAUCUCCAAGGCAGGACGAUGUUUGGACUUACAGGAAGCACAAGCAGGGGGACAGUAAAUAUCUGAAUCAAAGUAAUCUGCUUUUCUCCAAGCCAUUUCGCAAUGUGAAUCUGGAGGAAGAGCCCACACUGAUAGAAAGUAAAGCAGAGCAGGGACUAAACACAAACCAGCGUGUUUUUGAUAACCUGUUGGUUAACAAGAACCCCCACACUGCAAGCAGCAGGUUAGAGGACGCAGCUGAAGAAGAGGGUUCCUCUGUAAAGGGGCAUUUACCCGCCGCCCCUCGAACCACAGAAACACACCAGAAACAACAAAACGAAGGAUCCAGUUUCCCGAACAACCCAGGGAGCUCCGCCAGCCCAGACGAUGCGCUGGUUCAAGGAGACCUCUUUGAAGCCAAGGUCAACCACCACCUUCGCUGGCUCAUCACUGAGGAAGCCCUGCGGGCGUUCAUCACCCGCAUGGCGCGGGCGCUGGGGAUGGACUGCAGCGUCCCCAAGCUCCAGCCGGCCUGCGCAAAGCUGCUCGACAAGUUGGAGCUGCUUGUGAAGCUGCUCAGCGAGAGGCAGGACAAGCAGGAAGCCUCAGGGCUUGUGGGUCAGUGUCUCCGGGAAGGGAAUGUCUCCAGUGGAAUGGGCCGAGCUGAGUACAUGGGCAGGAAAACCUCAGGGAAGAAAGCACAGUACACCUCCAGCGACAGACUCCUGUUAGCAAUAGCGGUGUCUGUCACCAUCGUGAUUAAUCUGCUGCUGAUGUGUCUCGUCGAGGUUUACUCCUCAAGACAUUCAGCCGCUUCCCACCCCCAAAGCGCCGGUAAAUCACGACCGAAAUGUUUCUUUCAAAAACUCCUGCCAUGGGGAUGGGGCAAGAACAAGGAGGACGUGAGAGAGCAGGGCUCGCCCGUGUCGGAUCCGAGCCAAACCAAACCCCAGUGGCUCAGAGACCUGUACCUGCCCCUCGAUCCCCAGCAGCUCAAAUCCAUCGCCGAGCUGUACGAUGGAGACAUCUCAGACGAGGAGGAGAUGUUCAACAAGUUCGAGCUGAACUGGAUGCCCACAGCACCCCGGAAAAGCUGCGACCCCAGGGAAAUGCCAUUACCCGCAGACCUGAUUCCUCGUCCUUCCGCCUCCAGCGCACCCCAAGAGCUGCAGAUCUGGUCCCACUUCACGGCAGAGGACGCUCCGGGUGGCCACGUGGUCAGGGUACCCCAAAACUCACCCUGGCGGGACGGGGAGCCCUUGUAGGGCUGGGUGCAGCCUCCCUGGGCGCGUGGGACACGCUGCUGCGGGAGGGACGUCCCCAUGGGGGACAUGUGGGCUGGGGGCUGCAGGAUGCGAGGGGCUGCUGGGGGCGUUGGGGGUCCCUGCGCACCCCAGGAUUGUGUAAAGUUGUCGUUUGUUCAGCGGCGGGGAAGAGCUUCUGAAAUUACCAUUAAAACGUGCAGGUUUUUCACACA